ACCUGUGAAUCAAUUUUGCAUUGGAAGUUUUAGAAGUGAGAAGAAAAUGAAGCUAUUUUAUUUCUUCAUUUUAUUAUCCAUGAUGAAUUUAUGUGAUGCCUCAAGCAAGAAGACUCAGGUCAGGAAAACGUUGAGCAGUUCAAAGAAGAUCCCUGUCAAGUCCAUCAAGAGCCCUGAUGGUGAUAUUAUUGAUUGUAUCAACAUUUAUCAUCAACCAGCGUUUGAUCAUCCUUUGCUAAAAAAUCAUACCAUUUUGAUGAGGCCUAGUUUGCAGCCUCGGAAAGGACCAAUUGGUGGGGGUGAACCAUUCAAAUCCAAUUCUCAUGGCCAAGAGGAUAAAAACCCAAUUAAUCAGUUAUGGCAGUUGGGUGGGAGAUGCCCUGAAGGAACUAUUCCUAUUAGAAGAUACCAGAAAGCAAGAUAUGCAAAGAAGGAGCACAGAAACUUUCCCCAGCUCGCUGACUUUUCCAAUCACGAGGUGCCCUAA